AGCCUAGAAUGAGCUUGAAAAUGCUUGUUCCUGCAGUAGCGGUAAAAUCUUCUGGUCUGUGACGCACCUUGGGCGGGGAACCACGCGACCAUAUUCGUGCCCACAGAAUGUGUGGAUCACAAAAAGAAGGCUUGGUGAAAGUGUAACAGUCGAACCAUCACGGUGAUAGAUAAAGCUUUGAAACAUGUCCUCCGCACCACGCAACCCUCCGUUCCGCGCCGAACACAUUGGUUCUUUACUACGACCAGAAGAACUCGUCAAGAAGCGAUAUGCCAUCGCAUCAAAGACAGAGUCGCCGGACUCGCUCGCCCCCGUCGAGCAAAAAGCCAUCAAGGAAAUCGUGAAACUGCAACAAGACUGCGGUAUCCACAGCAUCACCAAUGGCGAAUACAGCCGCCACCAGUUCUGGGGUACCUUCUUUGAAACGCUCCAGGGCAUGGAAGAGAUCAACCUGCGCGAAGGCGGCUACGACCAGAGUAUCUUCCGCGCAUACGCACCGGAUGUAAAGUCUUUCAUGCAUGCCAAGACGAUUCCGAAUCAGGUUACUAUUGCUACUGGCAAGAUCAAGCACACGGGGACGUCGAGCUUUCUGCCGGAGUUGAAGUUCCUUCAGAGUCUGCUGCCUAAGGAGCAGUGGAAGGAUAUCAAGUUGACGCUUACAUCCCCUUCGUGGUAUCACUUCCGUUACGGCCCGAAGAAAGCCUACGUGAACAAUGCGUACAGCAACGACGAUGAGUACUUUGCGGACGUUGCCAAGGCGUAUCAGACGGAGCUGAAGAUUCUGUACGACAACGGCCUGCGCAAUGGCCAAGUUGACGACCCGAAUCUGGCUUACUUCUGCUCGGAAGCAAUGCUUGAGGGCUGGAAGAAGGAUCCUGAGAACUUCCAGACGGCAGACGAACAGCUCGAUGCGUAUAUCAAGUUCUACAAUGCGUGCUUCGAGCGCCCGUCAGAUUUCCAUCUCGGCAUCCACUUGUGCAGAGGCAACUACAUGGGCUCGAAACAUUUCAGCGAAGGCGCAUACGACCGCAUCGCAAGCAAACUUUUCAACGACCUCAACGUCUCAACCUACUACCUCGAAUACGACACGCCGCGAGCAGGUGGCUUCGAACCAUUGAAGACUCUACCGAAGAACAAGAACGUCGUUCUCGGCGUCGUGACAUCCAAAUUUCCCGAGCUCGAAGACCAAAAGGAGAUGGUCGAGCGGGUUUACAAGGCCGCCGACUACGUGGCUGAGGGCUCGAAGCAAAGCCGCGAAGAGGCUUUACAGCGGCUGUGCGUCUCACCCCAAUGCGGUUUCGCCAGCCAUGCCGAAGGUAAUGCGCUUGAGCAUGAAGACAUGCGGAAGAAGCUCCAGUUGAUCCGGAGUAUUGCGGAUGAAGUAUGGCCUGGACAGCCGUAGGUUGCUGAUUGUGCUUAGCGGCGGAGUUUCGGUGCUUCAACAGCAAGGCGGCUCCUAGGAUUGACGGUUGUUGUAUAGUUCAACACCAAAAAGUCAGGGCUUGUAGUACCAUUGCAAGAGUCAGCGAGAAACAGAAAAGUUCAUGCUGUACACUUCA